AUGACACAUCUCCCGCCAUACGGCGCCAGAGAUGUCCACCGGCCCGUCGUCCCCCAAACAAAGCUCCAAGAGGACUUUUUUACCUGGAACGAAGCGGAAAUUGCCUCCGUGUCUCCGCCUGUCUUCCUCCCUCCCACUCCUCUGUCUCCUCCAAUUAUUGACCCUUUCCCCCUCCUCUCUUCCGACUUGACGCCUCGCAAACUGAAAAGGCUUCUACAGGCACCUGAGAUCAACCGCCCCUCGCACUUUCGCCACCUCCACCCUUCUCGAUCCCAGGAACUCACCCAGCAGCCCUCGAGGUCUUACUUCUCCCGCUUCGGCAGCAAGUCUUUUGGCCGUCGCCUCGAUCCUCCCGCCUCGUCCUCUUACCACUCCAGCCUCAACCCGACCGGCGUGGCACCGCUGCUAAUCGGGUUCACUCGCAACUGGCCGCUGCUAUUGCAAUGUGUGUCCAGCUACAUUGCAGCAGGCUGGCCGGCGGAAGAGAUCUAUGUUAUCGAGAACACGGGGACGAUGGACGCCAAUGAGCGGGGGUUGUUGGGUCUGCAAAAUCCGUUCUUUAUGAACUCGACACAGUUGGGGAUGCUUGGAGUGACCGUGAUUUCCACUCCGACGCUGUUAACAUUUGCGCAGUUGCAGAACUUCUUUGCUUGGACUGCCCUCCAACGCGGCUGGACCGAAUACUUUUGGUCACAUCAAGACCUGAUCGUCUUCUCUUACGAGCAUCGACGCCCGUCGUACUCUCCAGCUGCCGCUGCCAAGCCCGACAAGUCCAGCAAUACGUUCGAGAACAACGAGCCCGAGGAAUACAUAUACCGCUCUCUUUACGCCAAUGCCCUCCAUACCCUCCGCCAAUACCGCGACCCUUCCCAUCCCAAGUGGGCUCAUCACUUCUUUUCCUACGACCAUCUCACCCUCGUCCACCGGGAUGCGAUCCUCUCCGUUGGCGGCUGGGACACGCACAUUCCCUUCUACGGUACCAACUGCGACAUGUACACACGAUUGAUGUGGGCGGGCUACACACAGAACGAGUCCACAGCACCAGCAACAGAGGCAGGGCACAUCCUGGACGUGAGCACUGUUCUCGACGACAUCGGCGCGCUGUUCCGUAUCCCGGGUAUCAAAGCUUCCUUCCCCGGCGAUCCUGACCCCCCGGCCCGGAACCAGAAAGCGGAAGCCACUUCAGCAGCAGCGGUGAUGACGAAAGACACAUCCGAGAUUACGGAAGCUGAAACGCACGCCAAUUUGUUGUCGACGGCCUGUCGUAUGGAACGUGCUAAGUAUGCCCGCGGCAACGGUUACGAAGGGCGGACCAAGAGCUGGCAGAUGAAGCAGCAGGGAGGACAAGGAGAGCCGUUUUAUCGGGACGCAGAGGGUUUCGGAACCGGCGUGGAGAUGUGGAUCGAGACAGGACGGGCGGUAUAUUCGCAGAAAUGGGGACAUCGUGGGUGUGAUCUCGCGAAGAAGUGGGCGGCUGGGAAGGACAAGGGAAAUGGAAAUGGGUUGAAUGAUGCGUGGAGGGUCGAAAGGGAUUGGGAUGUGGAGGAGGAGGGGAAUGGAGGGACCGGUGGGGGUUGGUAG